AUGUCCAUCAUUUCACAUCACACAUGUAAAGUUUUAUCACAACCUUUCGUUGGGAGAAGUGCCAACACAUCGUGGCGAAGGUUUAUCAAAUAUUCAGCAUUCCUGUGGCUAACUCCUGCUGUAUUUGUCGCAGUUUGUGUCAACUUGGACAAAACUGAAGUGUUCCUAGUGGAUUAUGGAAUGAAUUGCUGGUUGGGAACUGUAAAUGCUAAGCUGUAUUUAUUCUUAUUACCCCUGGCAGUGUUACUACUCUAUAAUAUCUACAAAUUUAUCCAAACAGCAGUCAGUUUAUCUCGUCAUGCUAAGGACAGAGAGAUCUUACAACGCAAAGAAGGAAAGCAGAAUCUUCUCAUCUGCACAAAACUUGCAACUUUAGUCGGUUUUCCCUGGCUGUUUGCAUUCAUUGGCAUGCUGUUUCCCGAUGUAGAAGCAUUCGACUAUUUGUUUGUUGUUUUUGCUUGUUUACAAGGAUUGUAUGUCGGAUUGGCGUUUCUGUUUAACAAGAAAACUCUGAAACUGUUUAAGGAUCGAUGGAAUAUUGGCUCAAGAGUAAACACACCUUCUCAUGCCGGUACCAAAGAAAGUUUUGAAUUGUAA